AUGACUUUUGGAAGAACUGGCGACGUCGAUGGGGUUCUCAGCAAUGGAGUGACGGCGAGUCAAAUGACGACGAGGCGUCAAUCUUCAUCACUUGGCAAUCGAACACUGAUUGGUCUCGUGACUGCCUUUGGAUUGUUGAACGUAUUGUAUUCAGGAUAUUUGGUGUCAUCUUCCGAGUCGUCAUCGUCGUCGUGGAAUGGAUUGGAUGGCUUUCAUCAAUGGGAGACUUCGGCGGGUGUCCGAGGCGGUGGUUGGAAAGGGCAAUCAUCGGGAGUGCAAUCAGAAACUCGUCCUCCAUUAAAGAUCAAAUACGUCGGCGUGGCGGGGCUUGGUCAUCGCUUGAUCCGAAUGUCCUCCGUCUAUCAUUUGGCGAGAAUCUUACCAGUUCCCGAGAUUGAAAUCAUGUGGAGGGGAUUCUGUCCCAGUGGUCGGGCCAAACCAAACAUAUUCCAAUUUCUGUUUGGCAAUUCGACCAUGAUGGUUCCGUCACUUGCACCAAACAAAGAGGAUCAAAGGGUUCUGUUUCCGUUUUUGUCCCACAAUUCGCCAGAAUCAUUGUCACAAGCUCUCUUUCCAGAUGCCUCCUCCAAGGUCCUAGUUCCGCAGCAGGAAGUCAAAAUCAUCAAUGAAGUGGAGGGAUACACGCACAUGUAUGACAAUCAGGAAAUUCAAAAAGUAAACCCUCCUUAUUAUGGCAAAUUGACGACGGAUUUUGAAUUUUACACCGCCCUCUUGAAGAACUAUCAGUUUCGGAGGGAUGUCGAACAGUUGUUUGCUCCUUACUUGACUGAUGACAGCGUUACUAUUAUUGGUGUACACAUUCGAGCGGGCAAUGGGGAAGUGGGAGAUUUUGAAAAGUAUCGACAAUUGGGACAGGGCAAUUUAGAAGGGUGGCUAUCCAACAUUACCAAUGUGUUGCAACAGUCUGUGGUCAAAGAUCCUAGACUGAUGACACAAUCCAGGAAAAAGGCCGUCAUUUUUUUGGCCACCGAUACUUCUUCGGUGGUGGAUUAUUUUCGACAACGUUUUGAUGACUCGAUUCCAAUCUUGGUGACGCCGCAAGACUAUCCGACAACAGGCGGUGGGGUGUCGUACAAUGGCGACCAUGCCAAUCUGACUACCUGUCUCGAUAGUUGGAAGUAUCAAAUGAUGGACAUGGUGGGGCUGGGUGAAUAUGCGGACGUUCUCAUUGCGGGACAAUAUUCUUCCUUUACCCAAUCCUUGCCGCUUUCUCGAAUACUCAAUUCUAAUAAUGACAAUCAACGACGGCAACGAUUCUUUUGCGACGUUGACAAAUAUGCUCAAACGCUCAAGUGUUAUGAUUCGACCAAGGGGAUUGAAAAUUGGUUUGCCGGCAAGGAUGCCAUAUACGUGGGUGCCAAUGUCGAUACUAGACUGGACACUAACUUGUUUGCGGGGCCGCAAAUCUUUCUGCCGACGGAUUUGGAUCUAUCCAGUCUCAAACAAAUGAUUGGUCGUGGUGGCCAAAAGAAAAAGAAUAGACAACAGUAG